AUGAGAGUGGACAACGUCUGUGGUGUUUGUGGUGCUAUGGAUGAGACGGAAGCUCAUCUAUUCUUCCGAUGCCACCUUAGCCACCUGUUAUGGUUCUCCUCUUCGCUUCAGUUGAAUUCCUUUGCGCUGGCAGGGGCAGACUUCCUAUCUAGCUGGGAGUUGUUCUGGACUCGGGUUAAGGGGAGGGACAACGCGGAGGAGAUCAUGCAGGAGUUUACCUUUGGGUUAUGGAGACUGUGGAAAAACAGGAACGAGGUGGUUUUUAAUGGGGUGCACCGGCAGCCCUUGGAGCUUUUGGAGGCUUGGAGCAGGAACAUCUCUGAAUUCAGAGAUGCUACGCUCAGCGAGCCUGCUGGAAAGCAGCCUGGGUGUCGAUCGAAGAUUGCUUCCUUGGACCGUGGGGCUUGUAGAUGGGAGAAGCCGGCGUUCGGGAUCCUUAAGGUCAACACUGACGCCUCGUGGUGCAAGAACACCCUCCGCACGGGGGUAGGCUGGGUCUGCCGCAACUUUGCUGGAUUACUUCACGGUGCUGGGGGCUCUGGCGUUGCGCUGUGCCACUCCGCGGCUGCUGGGGAAGCUGCUGCAAUCAGGACCGCCCUCUUGGCCUGUAUUAACUAUGGGUAUGAUAAUGUUGUUAUUGAAUCUGAUGCCAAAGUGAUUAUUCAGAUGAUUAGGCAUGAAAUGGAUCAUGAUUUCAGUCUUGAAUGUAUUCUUGGUGAUAUUGAGGUUCUAGCGCGUAGGUUGAGGUCAGUUUCGUUCUCGUACGUGCCUAGGGAGGGCAAUGUUGCUGCUCACUCGGUUGCUAAGUUUGUUUUCAAGGAGGGUCGUGAAUAUGGGUGGGACUGUAUUGGGCCUGAAUUUUUGUUUAAUAUCCUAGCCCAGGAUGUAAACCUUUCUAUUCGUAUCUAA